AUGGAGAAACCAGAGGGAAGAAAGUCUGUUUCCCAGGCCACAGCGGAGAAUGGCAUGGAGAACCCAGGGCUGGAACUCAUGGAAGUUGGAAAUCUCCAGCAAGGCAAAAUACUGGAGGAAGUGACACAGGGACACAGCCUGGAAGAUGGCUUGGGGCAUUCCUCUCUCUGGAGGAGGAUUCUUCAGCCUUUCACCAAGGCGAGAAGUUUCUUUGAAAGACAUGCUGGUUUAUUCAAAAAGAUCCUGCUUGGUCUCUUGUGUUUAGCUUACGCUGCCUACUUCCUGGCAGCUUGCAUCCUGAACUUCCAGAGGGCGCUGGCCUUGUUUGUCAUCACCUGUCUUGUGAUCUUCAUCCUGGCUUGCCACUUUCUGAAAAAAUUCUUUGCUAAAAAAUUAAUAAGAUGCUUGAAGCCCUUGAAAAACACCCGCCUGAGACUUUGGGUAAAGUGGGUGUUCAUGGGAGCUUCUGUUGUUGGCCUUAUCCUAUGGCUGGCUCUCGACACAGCUCAAAGGCCAGAGCAGCUAAUCUCCUUCGCAGGGAUCUGUAUGUUCAUCCUUAUCCUCUUUGCCUGCUCCAAACAUCACAGUGCGGUGUGCUGGAGGACAGUGUUUUGGGGCCUUGGCCUCCAGUUCGUCUUUGGGAUUUUGGUCAUCAGAACUGAACCUGGAUUUAAUGCAUUUCAAUGGCUGGGAGAUCAGAUCCAGAUUUUCCUGGCUUAUACUGUGGAAGGAUCCAGUUUUGUUUUUGGUGAUACACUGGUCCAAAGUGUUUUUGCUUUCCAGUCUCUGCCAAUCAUUAUUUUCUUUGGAUGCGUGAUGUCUAUUCUCUACUACCUGGGCCUUGUGCAGUGGGUGAUUCAGAAGAUUGCCUGGUUCCUGCAAAUCACCAUGGGUACCACUGCUGCAGAGACUCUGGCUGUGGCAGGAAACAUCUUUGUGGGGAUGACAGAGGCACCUCUUCUCAUCCGUCCCUACCUUGCAGACAUGACCAUGUCUGAAAUCCAUGCAGUGAUGACUGGAGGCUUUGCUACCAUAGCAGGCACGGUGUUGGGAGCCUUCAUAUCCUUUGGGAUUGAUGCAUCGUCCUUGAUCUCUGCCUCAGUGAUGGCUGCCCCUUGUGCACUUGCCUUGUCCAAACUGGUAUAUCCAGAAGUAGAAGAGUCCAAGUUCAAGAGCAAGGAGGGAGUGAAGCUGCCUCGAGGGGAAGAGAGGAAUAUCCUAGAAGCUGCGAGCAAUGGAGCCACAGAUGCCAUAGGCCUUGUUGCUAACGUGGCAGCCAACCUGAUUGCCUUUCUGGCUGUAUUGGCCUUCGUCAAUGCUACCCUCUCCUGGCUGGGGGAAAUGGUGGAUAUCCAUGGACUCACUUUCCAGGUCAUCUGCUCCUAUGUCCUAAGGCCCAUGGUUUUCAUGAUGGGUGUACAGUGGGCAGACUGCCCACUGGUGGCUGAGAUAGUGGGAGUCAAAUUCUUCAUAAAUGAAUUUGUGGCCUAUCAACAACUGUCUCAGUUCAAGAACAAACGUCUCUCUGGAGUAGAAGAGUGGAUCAAUGGCGAGAAACAGUGGAUUUCUGUGAAAGCUGAAAUCAUUGCAACAUUUUCCCUCUGUGGAUUUGCCAAUCUUAGUUCCAUAGGAAUCACACUGGGAGGCUUGACAUCCAUGAUACCUCAACGGAAGAGUGACUUGUGCAAGAUUGUGGUCAGGGCCCUCUUUACAGGUGCCUGUGUUUCCUUUAUCAGUGCCUGUAUGGCAGGAAUCCUCUAUGUUCCCAGAGGUGCUGAAACUGACUGUGUCUCAUUCUUAAACACAAAUUUCACCAACAGAACCUAUGAGACAUAUGUGUGCUGCAGAGAGCUUUUCCAGAGUACUUGGCUGAACGGCACCAACAUGCCUUCUUUCUCAGGCCCCUGGCAAGACAAGGAUUCCAGCCUCAGGAGUCUUGCCAACUGCUGUGACCUCUAUACCAGCACUGUGUGUGCAUGAGCCUGGUGGGGCCAUUCCAUGACAGUUCUUAUAGAACAGAUUUUCAUGUACUCAAG